CUGGAGGCGGGGCCAUGGGCGGAAGCGCAGCCGGCGUGGUCUCCGCCUCCGAUACUCGUGCGGCGCCUGUCUUACUGUCGUAGGCUGCCGUCAGCCCCGGCGGCUUCUUGGUGUCCCACUUCUGGUGUGGGCUGAUCUUCAGCCCCAGUCUCCCCGACCUUGCCCCGCUCGCCCCUCCCCAUGGCGCUGCAGACCUCGGGUGUGGCUUUCCGCAGGAUCCUGUCCCAUUUCCCCGAGGAGCUGAGCCUGGCUUUUGCCUAUGGCUCCGGGGUGUACCGCCAGGCCGGGCCCAAUUCAGACCAGAAGAAUGCCAUGCUGGACUUUGUCUUUACGGUAGAUGACCCCAUUGGGUGGCAUUCAAAGAACCUGAAGAAGAAUUGGAGCCACUACUCUUUCCUAAAGUUUUUGGGGCCCAAGAUGAUCACCUCUGUUCAGAAUAACUAUGGUGCUGGAGUUUACUACAAUACGUUGAUCCUGUGCGAUGGUAGGCUUAUCAAGUAUGGGGUGAUUAGCACCCGUGCUUUGAUGGAAGACCUGCUCGGCUGGAAUAACUUGUACAUUGCUGGCCGCCUUCAGAAACCGGUGAAAAUCGUAGCCAUGAAUGAAGAUGUCACCCUGAGAUCGGCCCUGGAUAAGAACCUGAAGAGUGCGGUUACUGCAGCCUUCCUCAUGCUCCCCGAGAGCUUCUCCGAAGAGGAGCUGUUUGUGAAGAUCGCGGGGCUGUCCUACGCGGGUGACUUCCGCAUGGUGAUCGGGGAGGAAAAGGCGAAGGUACUGAACAUCGUGAAGCCCAACGUAGCCCACUUCCGUGAGCUGUAUGGCAGCAUACUGCAGGAGGACCCGCAGGUGGUGUACAAGAUCCAGCAGGGCCACCUGGAGAUAGAUAAAAGCCCAGAAGGACAGUUUACUCAGCUCAUGACACUGCCCAAAACCUUACAGCAACAAAUAAACCGCAUCAUGGACCCCCCUGGGAAGAACAGGGACGUGGAGGAGACACUGCUGCAGGUGGCACAUGACCCAGACUGCGGUGAUGUGGUACGCCUAGGGCUCUCAGCGAUUGUGCGACCUUCUUGUAUAAGACAGAGCGCCAAAGGCAUCUUUACUGCAGGCUUGAAGAAAUCAAUGAUUUAUAGUUCACUAAAACUGCGCAAAAUGUGGAAAGGAUGGCUGAGGAAAACCUGAUUUGACUUUUAUAUAUGUAUAUAUUAUGGUUGAUGAAUAAAGUGUUUGAUCUUUUUUGACA